AUGAAAGCAAUUUAUAUAGAUUUGGAGAAGGAAAGAAAGAAAAAAGUUCAAAGAUUUUGGCGACCCAUGGUUUUUUAUCUAUUUGGACCAGGUGGAAGUGGCAAAUCUGGAUUGGUGCAAGAGCUUUUUAAGGACGAAUUCUACGAUAAACAUCAGAAACAAAGGUCAGGAUCUAAUUGGUGGAAUGAGUAUGAUGGUCAAGAAAUUGUGUUCUUGGAUGAGUUUUAUACUAAGAUCGAGUGGAAUAAUAUGGUAAAUUUACUAAAUGAUACAAGUUGUAGCGUGGAGAUUAAGCAUGGUGGUUUUGCUCCAUUUCUUGCAAAAUACAUAUUCAUGACUACUACAAAGAAUCCUCUUGAAGCAUAUAAUUUCAACAAUCGUGGAGGAAAUGAGGAUGAUAACAAACGUGAUUUUCGACAAUUUGGUCGUCGUUUGGAUUUCGUGAUCAAAUUUGGUGGGGUCUGGCAUGAUGUUAUUAGUGAACGUAUCACAACAAUCAUAUUUCAUCAAUGUGAGUUGGAAGGAAUAAAUUGGGGUACCGAGGAGCAAUUUCGUAGCAUGAAUUGGGACAUCAAGUAUAGAAACAGUUGCAAUACUCCAGCAAAAGUUAUAGAGAAGAGUAAGAUUCUUAACAAAGAUAUCGAAGGAGAGCAUGUUAUGAUUGGACACAUGGUGUAUUGGCGUCGCAAGUUUCCGGAGUACAAGCGUCGUUAUCUCCAGGAUUAUCCGAGGAGUCGAGAGCUUUUCGAAUACCGUAUGGAGUGUGAAUCACAAUCACAACAAAUUAUUCCACAAAAUUCAACAGAAAAUACAGAUCCUCAGAUAGAAUCAAGCACCUCGCAGAAACGAAAAAGUGUUGAAAUUCAAACUCAAGGAAUUAAAUGCUCCAUUCCUCGAAAUAAAGAAUUAACUGACUCACGUAAUGUUCGAGUUUCAGAAGAUGAUGAGUAUUUAACGGAAGAAGAAACUGAAGAGGUUGUUUUUUCUGGUGAAGUUCUAAACAAAGUAAAGGAAAUCUGA